CGUCAUUUUAGGUGGCCAUCAAGAAAAUACAGCUUCAAGGACUGAGGAAGGAGGAACUAAAAGUCAACAAACUCAUGGUCAUGAAGGUGAAUAGAAAUCCCAACCUGGUUAACUGUUUAGACAGCUACCUUGUAGGUAAGGAACUGUCCCUGGUUAUGGAGUACAUGGAUGGAGGCGCUCUGAGCAAUGUCAUCAGCCAGACCUACCUGUCGGAAGAUGAGAUGGCAGCCAUCAGUCGGGAGUGCCUGCAAGGACUGGAUUUUCUUCAUUCAAACCACAUCAUCCACCAAGAUGUGAAGAGCAGCAACAUCCUUCUCAGAACUGACGGCUCUGUCAAGCUGGCUGACUUUGGCCUCUUUGCUCAGCUCAGCCCUGAGCAGGGCAGACGGAGCUCCGUGGCCAGCGCUGCUGGGUGGCUGGCGCCUGAAGUGGUGACAGGUCAACCAUGUGGCCCCAAAGUGGACAUAUGGUCUUUGGGAAUCGUGGGCAUCGAAAUGGUGGAACGAGAAGUUCCUUCCUGGAAUGCAACUCCUGUCUUGCCCCAACUCCUGAUAGCCACAGGAGGAAGACAAAAGCUGAAGCAGCCCAACCUAUUUUCAUCUUGCCUGCGUGACUUCCUGAGCUGCUGCCUGCAGACAGACGAGGCGCGGUGCUGGUCUGCCAAGGAGCUCCUGCAGCAUCCAUUUGUAACAUUUGCUGAGCCUGCGUCCAGCCUGGUGCCACUGAUUGUUUCAGUGAAGAAGAGGAGGGAGACAAGAACGUGACAAUCACAUCA